AUGUUUGAUAUGAUCAAGGAUGCUUAUCCACAAGUGGUGUGUGGCAAGGAAUCAAGUGGAAAUGAACCACAAGAGCCAAAUGGAGAUGCAAAGAAAUUUUAUAGAUUGUUGGAAGAGGUUAAACAGCCUUUGUAUCCAGAUUGUGAAAAGUAUUCAAGCUUGUCCUUCAUAGUCAAGUUAUUGCACAUAAAGUGCAUAUCAUCAUGGAGCAACAAGUCCUUUAGUAUGUUGAUGGAGUUGUUAAAGGAUCCAUUUCCUAUGUGUGAGAGACUACCUAGCUCGAAUUAUGAGGCAAAAAAGAUUGUCAACGAUCUAGGCCUCCAUUAUGAGAAGAUAGAUGCGUGCAAAGAUGAUUGUGCACUUUAUUAUAAGGAGUAUUCAGAAGCAACUCAAUGUCCAGUUUGUAAACUGUCAAGAUGGCAGCCAAAUAAGGGUGGUAAAGGGAAAAAUAAAAAGGUACCAUGGAAGAUUUUGCGGUAUUUUCCACUUAAAUCAAGGUUACAACGAUUGUUUAUGUCAACAAAGACUGCUGCGGAUAUGAAAUGGCACCAUGAAAAACGUGUUAAUGAUGGAGUGUUACGACAUCCAGCAGAUUGUGAAGCUUGGAAAAAAUUUGACCAAAUUCAUGAGUCAUUCGCAAUGGAUCCCCGUAAUGUUAGGCUUGGACUAGCUACAGAUGGGUUUAACCCAUUUGGAAAUAUGAGUAUUAAAUACAGUGUCUGGUCUAUUAUCUUAUUUCCAUAUAAUCUUCCCCCUUGGAUGUGCAUGAAGGAGCCUUACUCAUUGAUGUCAUUACUUAUACCAGGUCCAAAGGGUCCUGGGAAUGAAAUUGAUAUAUUCUUGAGGCCGUUGAUUGAUGAGCUGAAAGAAUUGUGGGAAGAUGGGGUGUGUACAUAUGAUGCUUCAACAAAUGAGAACUUUCAAAUGAGAGCAGCAGUGUUGUGGACUAUCCAUGACUUUCCUGCAUAUGCUGUUAUUUCUGGUUGGAGUACAAAGGGAAAUUUGGCGUGUCCUUGUUGUCAUAAUGAAACUACCCAUUGCAGGUUACGAAAUGGAUAUAAGAUAUGUUAUAUGGGACAUCGCCGUUUUUUGGCCUUAGACCACAAAUGGCGUAAUAAGAAGUCACAAUUUAAUGGUAAAAAAGAAAGGAAGACAGCACCCAAACGGUUAUCUGGUGAUGAUGUGUUAAAACAAAUUCGUCCGUUAAAGCCAAUUAUAUUUGGGAAAGGCCAGAAAAAGCAAUUUCUAGAAGGGCAUGGACAGUUUCAUAAUUGGAAGAAGCAUAGCAUUUUUUUUGAAUUGCCAUAUUGGAGAACACUUUUGUUACGUCACAAUUUGGAUGUGAUGCAUGUUGAAAAAAAUAUAUUUGACAAUGUGAUUGGGACAAUUAUGAAUAUUAAAGAUAAGACGAAGGAUUCUUAA